ACAACUCUAUGAUCUACUAAUAAAACCAAAUAAUACUAUUAUAUAAAUAUCCUCAUUUCUCAACCCCUUUUCUUCUCUCUUCCUUUCUUACCAGAGCCGCUUAACCGUCACGUUCACCCACACCAAACCCUUUCUAGAUCUCCUCCGCCACCAUCCACAUGGACCCACCGCCACCCUCUUCCACCACAAAGCUCCGCCUAAUGUGCAGCUACGGCGGUAACAUAGUCCCAAACCCUCGCACAAACUCACUUCACUACGUAGGUGGUGACACUAAAAUCAUUUCUCUAAACCCCACCACCACCGCCACUCUUUCCUCCCUUACUUCCCUCCUUUCUUCCACUCUUUCCCUCCCUUUCCCUCUCCCUUUCUCUCUCAAAUACCUCCUCCCUCCUCACCAUGACCUUUCCUCUCUCAUCCCUCUCCUCUCUGACUCUGACCUCCUUCUCUUCCUCCACCACCUCCUUUGUUUCUCUUCCUCUCCUUCCUCUUCCCGUAUCAGACUUUUUCUCUUCCGUCUCUCUGUCAUUCACCACCCCAAGACUGAGCUUUGGUUCUCUGAUGCACUUAAGAGCGCUAAGAUCAAUAUGACUGAGAGUUUCAGUGCUGGGGAGCUCAGUAAUGGUACUGUUUCCAAUGCUGAAUCUAUUGUGUUGGAGACUAGUUCGUCUUUUGGGUCCACUUCGUCCUCAGCUUCGUCUUCUUCCGCCACCAAUUUGUCUUCCAUUAAAGCUCAUGUUGACGAUAGUAAGCUUACCUUGCCUACUUCGGACUCGUUUACAAGUGAUAAUAGUGCUACAAGUGCAAUUUCCCAGCCACAGAGUAUAACCUGCCACAACCCAGUUGUUCAAGUUUCUUCCAUGGAGAAUAAUGUAUCUUCUAAGCCCCUUGAAUCAGUAUCAGUGAGUCCUAUUUCUGACUCAUCCUCUGGUGUACCAGCAUAUAAAUCGAUUUUGGUCUCUGGGUAUCCAUUACCUUUACAAUUAAAUCAGCUGCAGCAACAACAAGUGCAGUUUGUACAAGUGGGUGCCAACUACAUACCCCAUAAUUCCACUGGUGUAUUGCCAAAUACAUCUUGUUACACAAUGUAUCCAGCGCAGCCACUUCAGCAAUUCCAUUAUCAGCCCAAUCAGCUGUGCCCAGUUUACUUUGUACCUGUUGGGCAGAUGCCACCUUACAGUUUGCCUGUGCAAUGUGGUUUGGUUAACACUGUGACUGCUCCCAAUCAGCCCCCUAUGCUUCCAAAUGCUUCCUUGAUUGCUCCCCAAGUUGCUUACAAGGAGGCUCCAGUAGCUCCUGCCAAACCUGAUUUGCCCUCACAAUUUUACAGAACCACUCUUGCCCAUGUGGCGGCACCACUUGUUCCUGUUCCUGUUUCCUAUAAUGAAAAUCAGCAACAACCUGUGGGUAUUCCUCAAAUGCAUCACCAACCUCAGUCUAUUCCAAUUCCUUCCCGUGAAUCUGCUAAUUUCAAUAACGGGCUUGAUGAUGACCCUGCACGUGUCCAAAUAUACAAAUCUCAGCCUCCGCCACCCUCGGUGCCUUCUCAGUACCAAACCAUGACCAAAGCGACAGCAAACCUGUUAUCUGAGGCUUUGGCUCAGUUGCAUAAAGACAACCUCAAGCAAGAGAUCAGACCAUUGCAGCAACAAUGAUUCUGUUCUCUGAAAAGAGAAAAUUUUUGGUAGAAAUGCUUUGGUAACUUUGAAAAUGUUUACUUGGUAACUUCUUUUGGUAUUAGCAUGUGUUCACCAUCUGAAAAUAAGAGCUAUCUAUUCGUUUUUUUCUGCUUACCUUUUUUCUUCACUUUAUUUACAAAUCUUAUGUUACCAAUGUUGUACAUGAUGUAUAAUGUUUCACAUUCUGUAGUAAAAAUUUUAUAAAAUUGUUGCGUGCU